AUGGCCGCUACCCAUUUGAGCUGUUUUGGAGAUCUUUGGAACUGUGCUUGCACAAUACCCACUUGGUCCAAAUUCACAAAGGAAGAGACAUCCACCCUGGCCACAGUCUUGCUGGAGAGUGUGGAGAGUACCACGUUGGCAGCAUUUCUGAAUCCAUCAGCAAAUGCCAGUCAGACUAUUCAGACUGAAUUUUUAGAUAUUGAAAGCAAAGUUAUCAAAGAAGAAUGCAUUGAAGAGAAUAUGUCCUUUAAUUUGAAAGCCAAAGGGGACAUGAUGACAAUUGGAUGUUCCACAGUAGAGGAGUCUGGAUCCUCAGAGACUACCGGGGUGGCUUUUGUCUCCCUUGAGGGCAUGGAGUCUGUUUUAGAUGAGAGCUUCUUCCAAGACCCCCAGGCCCCCUUGACCAAAUGCAAAAGGCAGCUGAAGAUGAAUUCUCGCAUUGUCAGAGGCAUCCUGACUGGGGUGAAGAAAGACAACUUCUCAGAUCCAGUUAUCUACACUCUGGAGAAUAUCCAGCCAAAGCAGAAGUUUGAGAGCCCCAUCUGUGUUUCCUGGUACACCGAUGUGGAGGAAGGAGGGAGGACAUCCUCAGGCUGCGUGAUCCUCAAAGCUUCCAAGACCCACACUGUCUGCAGCUGUAAGCAUUUGGCAAACGUGGUCAUCAUCAUGGCUUCUUCGGAGCUCACGAUGGAGUACACCUUGUACCUAAUUAGCCACGUGGGCUUAAUCAUCUCCCUGGUGUGCCUGGCGUUGGCCAUCAUCACGUUCCUGCUGUGUCGUCACCUUCGCAACUGCAACACUGACCUCCACCUGCACCUGUGUGUGUGCCUCUUCCUGGGCAAGAUUCUCUUCAUCAUUGGAGUAGACAAGACCAACGACCAGUUGGGCUGUGCCAUUAUCGCAGGCUUUCUUCAUUAUCUGUUCCUUGCCUGCUUCUUCUGGAUGCUGGCGGAAGCUGCUGUGCUCUUACUAAUGGCCAGGGGCCUGAAAGUGGUGAAUUACUUCAACUCUCACAUCAAAAUGGUGCAGCUGUGUGCUUUUGGCUAUGGACUCCCAGUGAUGGUGGUGGUUGUCUCUGCCAGUAUACAUCCACAGGGCUUUGGGAUGCAUAAUCAUUGCUGGCUUGAUAUGGAGACUGUAUUCAUCUGGAGUUUCCUGGGGCCUGUUACCACAAUCAUAUUGGUCAACUGUAUCCUCCUCAUUUGGACCUUGUGGAUCCUGAGGAAGAAACUUUCCAGUGUCAAUGCCGAAGUCUCAAUGCUCAAAGACACCAGGUUAUUGAUAUUCAAAGCCUUGGUCCUGCUCUUUAUCUUGGGCUGCCCUUGGGUAUUGGACAUUUUCCAGAUUGGAGCCACGGCCAGCAUCAUGACCCACCUGUCCACCAUCAUCAGCAGCCUUCAGGGUGCCUUCAUCUUCCUCAUUCAUUGCCUGCUCAACCACCAGGUGAGAGAAGAAUACAGGAGGUGGUUCACCAGGAAGACCAAGGCCAGCUCUCAGUCCCAGACCUCAGGGGUCUUGCUGUCAUCCCUGCCCUCCACUUCCAAAAUGGAUAUUGAAGUACCACCAUAAAGGGUCUCCCUGCUUCCAGGUUUGCCUUCUCAAAGCUCCACCUUUGGUCUGUUCUUGCUGAAGACACCAAGAGGGCAACAUAAGCAGCUGAGUUAUGGACUGUCCCUCCUCUGCCCACAGCCCUCCAUGGCUCCCACCUCUCUGGGGUAAAAACCAAAGUCCUCCCUUAGGCCUACCAGACCCUGCAUGAUUGGACCCUUUUUAAUCUCUCUAUCCUUGUCUUUAUGACCCACACCACCUUUUCACCCUGUGCCCCCAACUGUGGCCACUACUCAAUUCUUUAAACACAGCAGGUUUUCUUUCCAUAAAAACCACUGCACUGACAGCUUGCUUUGCACUGAGUGACUUGCCUCACAGUGCACCUGGCCAUCUCCCUCCUAGUCCUCAUCUCCUUCAAGUCUUCGUUCAAAUCACACCUUCUUGAUGGAGUUUUCACCGACCUCCUUCCUCCUAAUUGGCCAAUCCUGGUCCCGACACCCUCCAUUCAUGAUUUUUUAAAAAAUAUAUCAA